AACGAGAUCAGGAGGCUGCAAAUUCCAUCAGCAAAUCAACCCAACGCAAGGCCGCAUUGAGGCCGACAGGGAGGUGGUGGAGACAGUCCACUGAAGUCGAUAACAGACUCUCCAUAUCCAUCAUCCAUGCUGCAUCUGCUGCAGUCCUGCACCCUGCUUACACUUCAACAGUCAUCUGUUGGUUAUGAAAUUUGCGCAACUCCUGCGAUGGUGGUAACGCGAGGGUACGCCCUCAGUUUCAAUGCGUGGAAGACUACGCUGUGUCGCUGAACCAAACCCACCCCUGCUUCUGCGCUGGAUUAUUUGCCUAGUGACCAUGUAGGUGACAUGCAGGAACAAUCGCCGAUAUAGCAAGCAACAGGUUCUGGAGUUGAUUAACCUUGGAGUGCUGCGGCUAAUCAAGUUGACUGUGUGUACCGACUACAUGGGUGUGAAGGUUUCUUCACAGGUGUUCAACUACUUCGUGGGUUUGCUCGAGGUUCUCAUCUUGGCAGUUUUGUUGUGUCUUCACAACUUGCCGGUACGGCUCCAGAAUGAAGGAGGUGUAUAUCGGGAAUCAGUCGUGGACUAAGUGGGUGACGUUCAGGCGGCGUUUUGCACACGAGCUCGUGCAGGUUUUUGGUUCGGCUCAUUAGUUGCUAAGUAUUCUUCGUAGGGGGUUCCUUUGUCUUCAACGCUUCGUUCGGUGCUUUCUGCAAAGAAGCGGAGAUUGCGUUCGUAUGUGGAGAUCGAAGUCAGUUGUUCUACUAGGGUUGCCAUGUACUGUCCACUCGCGGUUAACAUUAGAAAAGAUAGAUUUGGAACGAAGGGAAGUGGCCUGCAAGGAACCACUUGAAGUCGAAGCUAGCGCGCUGGAUCAAGCUGCAAGGUGCCUUUUUUCUGGACUGAGGUUCGACGACGUCUUGGGUGCAGUACAAGCAAAUCCCAGAUUUUUAUUGGAUCAUGGUGUCGAAUUGCAUGGAAUACCCGAUAGCUCGUCUCACAUGGUUGUAUGGAACAUUGGUCUAAAAUUCAUGCCAAGGUUUUCAAAUAACGCACUUGAGCUUGUGCAGGAAACAGAAUCCUCGGCGGCUGUAUGAGGCGUCGGUAACAAACCUUUGAGUCGGUGGCAUCGUUUCUGAAAAAGAAAAUGGGGACUUGGAAUGUGAUACUGACAUUAUUGCCAUUGCUACUCGCGGUCGAUGCACAAAGUGGGUCUGUGAGUCCGGCUCCAAGUCCGGUCCCUGUCUCGUCAGGAUAUAAUUGCAGCACAGGCAUCGCUAAGCUCAAGCCAAAGGAGAUAGACCCAUGCAGCGGCACGGAUGCUUAUGCGAAACUCGGUGCAUGUUCGGAAUACAUGAAUGGAAAUGUGUUUACUCCGUCUGCCAAUUGUUGCGUAAGCGUUCAGAGUGUGUGGUCUGAAUUGCCAGCAUGCUUUUGUAAAGUCACUUUCCAGUCCAAGUUUGCACCUCCCGGACCUGCUCGAGCGCGGGCACGUCCUUUGGUAUGUGGUAUCAAGGGAGACUUAUGCCACGACUGUCCACAGCAUUUUGGGGGCCCACCGGAUUUGGAAUGCGCCGCUAGCAUCGCCACACAGUACAAGCUUCCUGAACAAGAUGCAUGUAAUAAUACGACUGCAUAUGCAGACCUUGGAUCAUGUUCAUCAUACAUGAGUGGUGACGUGUCCAUUCCGUCUGCGGAAUGUUGUGACAGUGUUCGUCAAGUGUGGAGCGAAGAACCGGCCUGCUUUUGCAAGGUCACAUUCUUUUCAAGAUUUCAAAGCCCUGCAGCUGCGAGAGCGCGACCUCUGCUGUGUAAUAUCACCGAUGAUUUCUGCACCCGUUGCCCUGCACACUUCGUCAAAGUUUCCGCUCGAGUUAAGAGGAACUACAAGGCGAUUGUGGCAGGCAUUUCUAUUGGCCUUGUGCUUUUGAUUGUUGUAUGUUGCGGUCUGCUGUGCUGCAGAAAGAGAAUCUUCCGCAAUUAUUACGAGAAAGUAGAUUACGCCCAGCAAUGCAAUGAAAUCCGAAGUAUCGAAGGAAAGCCCACAAUCUUCCCUUACAGUAUUCUUAAGCAUGCCACCAACGACUUCAACUCGGAAAGCAAGCUUGGAGAAGGCGGAUUCGGCUCGGUCUUUAGGGGAGUGCUUCCAGAUGGUGUGGAGGUGGCGGUCAAGCAGCUCUCAGCGAAGUCUCAGCAAGGAAACGAUGAGUUUCUGAACGAAGUGACUCUCAUCACUAGCGUCCAACAUAGAAAUCUCGUGAAGCUAAGGGGAUGCUGUCUCAAAGGCAAGGAGCGGCUUCUUGUAUACGAGUACUUGGAAAACAAGAGCCUUCACCAAGCCAUGUUCGAUAAACCACGAAUGCAGAUGGAUUGGCAGACCAGGAUGAAAAUUAUUGAUGGCAUGGCGCGUGGACUUGCGUACUUGCACGAGGGAUGCCACACUCGAAUUGUGCACCGUGACAUCAAAGCGAGCAACAUUCUCUUGGACAGAGACCUGAACCCCAAGAUUGCAGACUUCGGGCUGGCUCGCAUCUUCUCAGAGAAUGACACCCACGUCAGCACUCGUGUUGCUGGCACGGCGGGAUAUCUAGCGCCGGAGUAUGCGAUGCGAGGACAGUUAACAGAGAAAGCAGAUGUGUUCAGUUAUGGUGUGGUCGUACUAGAGCUCAUCAGUGGCCGUCCUAACCUUGACCUCCACGUUGCAUCACAUGCCACGUACUUACUCGACUGGGCAUGGGAAUUGUACGAGGAGGAGAACCUGAUCGAUCUUCUAGACGGCGCAGUCACUUGGUCCGAAGACGACAGGGAGGAAGCACUCCGAGUCGUAGAGAUGGCUCUCCUGUGUACGCACUCACGCGCUACACUACGGCCCAGCAUGACAGCCGUGGUGUCGAUGCUGGCGGGAGGGAGCGAACUGAUCAUUCCCAAGUUUGCGAGGUAUGAUGUGCGCAAUUACAGCGACUUAGACUUCAAAUUCUCAGGGACGAAGAGCGACAAACAGAUCUCAGGGUCCACGGUUCGAUCUAACAACUCUCACGGUGAAGUUUCAGCCUGUAGCACUAACAAUAGUGGUGUUGUCAGUUGUCUUGAGCCUCGGUAAAGAUCGUGGGCACGCGCAUGAAAAUGGAACUAUUCUGUGUAUUCAGUCCCCAAAUUUUGAAUUGAACUGCUCAUCAUUCUCACCCCACAGGUCAUGUCCUGUGGCGUAUAAAUUCUGCAAGCUAGACGUUGAAUUCAGUUACAUGCCAGUGAACUCCAUUCUCUGGUCAAGUCACUGGAGUAGGUGGUAUUAUGCCACGAAUGUCUUCUGAGUUGAGUAGAGCAGCCUUCGUUGUCUGCCGCCAUAGGCACAUAUCUAAAAGAAUGAACUGGAUUCAGCUUCGGACAGUAUCCCGAAGACUUCAGCAACCUCAAGUUGGUUCUCAUACAAAAAUGGUCAUGGUCUAAGUGGUAGGGAUUGGCAAGUCAGUGAUUGGCACGCCAGUGGAAGACUAAUGAAGGCGAAUAGGUUUCCUGCAUGAGAGUAUGAGGGCAAGUUCUUGGAUUGGCAAUGAGGCUUUGAGCAGUGAAGCAAAUUUAACAAAAAUUCAAUUAAAUUAUUUAAAAAAAAA